UGACUCAUGCAGAGUGCUGUGAGAACUUGAAGCUCACUCAGUCAGAGUUCCAGAGACCAGAUUGUGUGGCUUUGGCACUUGUGAUGAGACACAGAGUCCACUUGGGACUCCUAGAACAGUGGUGGGUUGAGGGGAGGAAGCCUGGCUCAUUUUGGCUACAGUGACUUGGAUUCCUGUCCCUGUCUGCUUCCACCCUUACUUAACCAUACGGGAACUGCAGCCCAGGGACAUCAGCAGGAGGACUGGGCCAGGGCCCUGCUCUGCUUUACUGCUGUGAUGCCAAAGUUCCACUUUUAUUUUUUUAACCACCUGCAGCCUGCUGUGCUCAGAGCGAACCUUAUAAGGUCAGCCCCAAACCCUCUUGCUUUUACCUCUUCAACUCUUUCCUGGUUUUCUUUGAGUGACGUGUGACCCUGGCUGAGAGCCCAGACUUGGAUAGUUUCUCUGCUGUUGGACCUCCAUACCACAGUUACCUGCAUGCCAUGUUUGGCACUUGUGAUGAGACACAGAGUCCACUUGGGACUCCUAGAACAGUGGUGGGUUGAUGUGGAGGCUGGGAUGUUCUCCCUAUGUUCCAGCCUUCCUUCCCCAGGGUUGUCAUAAAGGUUUGUCUUGAGUGUCCCGGGACUCAGUGUAAAAGACAUUUGUGUGGUGAGAGCAGGGUCAGGAAGUGUGAUGGCUUGGGCACAUUGUGACAAGUCACGUGUGUUUGGCUUCAAAGUUUGGAAGGGCAUGAGCUGUUUAAAGUUUGUGUUCCCAUGGAGGCUGCCUCAGCCUGACUCUGAGAGCAGCUUUUCCUGAGCUCACCAGCCUGUUGACUGGGCCUGACUGUGACCGAGUUGAGGACGUUGGUAUUUUCUACUUGUUGCUGAGAUGUGUUGACAAAGUAGAUUUCCUGCUCUUGUUCCCUGCUUUAAGUAUUCAUUAGUAUAGAACAGUAGCAAGCUAGGGGUGGCCUUAGAAUCUGUCUAAGAGGCUUUGGGGAAUCUCCUGUAACUGAAUGGUGUAUUGUGCCAUUGAAGAAGAUUUAGUUUUGUCUUCUGAGCUGGCCAAAUGCUUUACACUGUCUAUAUAAAACCACUCAGAAGACUGUGAAACAUUUGGCAAGUUGUAGGCAUACAGUUAAGGAUACUGUCCAAAGACCCAGCCAAAUGACUGGCCAUGCAGUGGUUUAAAUACUAAGAACUCACUUGUUUGGGGCAUUAGUUAAGAUACACUAAUGUUGCAGAAUACAAGUUGAACACAAGUUUAAAGAUGUUUGUCCUGGUUGCUGUUGACCUUUUUCUGGUAAAGGUUAAUUAGAAGGCAAAGCAAAGUGAGGUGUAUCCACUAGUUAGAAGGCACUUGGGGAAAAAGCACCGGGUUAAAUAUUUCAUCAUUUAGGUGGUUGCUUCCCAGAUGGGUAUAGUGCUUACAACUGUGCAUUCUCAAUACUUUCUCCAUUAAAGAAAAGGUUGGUCUCUGUGUGUAUGUGCUUGUGAGUAUACAGCUGUGAGAUCAGGACAUCUGUGAGAUCAGGACAUCUGUGAGAUCAGGACAUCUGUGAGAUCAGGACAUCUGUGAGAUCAGAACAGCUGUGAGAUCAGGACAGCUGUGAGAUCAGGACAGCUGUGAGUGCAGGUUGGUUCUUAUGGAGCUCAGAAGAGGGUGCUGGAUCCCCUGGAGUUGAAGAUGCAGAAGGUUGUGAGCUGCCCUACAUUAGUGCUAUGAACUGAACUCUGGUUCUCUGAAAGAGCAGCAGGUGUUCUUAACUGCUGAGCCACCUUUCCAGCUCAUCUCCAAAACCUUAAAACUUAAAAAUGUGAUUUUAUAAUAACGUGAGGAUGCCGGAACUGGAUGAGUACACCAUGGAAAGGGUCUUGGAGGAGUUUGAACAGCGAUGCUAUGACAAUAUGAAUCAUGCCAUAGAGACAGAAGAGGGCUUGGGGAUCGAAUAUGAUGAAGACGUUGUCUGCGAUGUCUGCCAGUCACCUGAUGGCGAGGACGGCAACGAGAUGGUAUUCUGUGACAAGUGUAACAUCUGUGUGCACCAGGCUUGCUAUGGAAUCCUUAAGGUGCCAGAGGGCAGUUGGCUAUGCCGUACAUGUGCCCUGGGAGUUCAGCCAAAAUGUUUGCUGUGUCCCAAGAAAGGCGGAGCUAUGAAGCCUACCCGCAGUGGAACCAAGUGGGUCCAUGUCAGCUGUGCCCUGUGGAUCCCUGAGGUAAGCAUUGGCAGCCCUGAGAAGAUGGAGCCCAUCACAAAAGUGUCCCACAUUCCGAGCAGUCGAUGGGCGCUUGUGUGCAGCCUCUGCAAUGAGAAAUUUGGGGCCUCCAUACAGUGCUCUGUGAAGAACUGCCGGACAGCCUUCCAUGUGACUUGUGCUUUUGACCGUGGCCUGGAGAUGAAGACCAUAUUGGCAGAGAAUGAUGAAGUCAAAUUCAAGUCCUACUGCCCAAAGCACAGCUCACACAGGAAACCUGAGGAGAGCCUGGGUGAAGGAGCAGCCCAGGAGAAUGGGGCCACUGAGUGUUCUCCCCAGAGCCCUCUGGAGCCCUUUGCUAGUCUGGAGCAGAAUCGAGAGGAGGCCCACCGUGUGAGUGUUCGCAAGCAGAAGCUACAGCAGCUGGAGGAUGAGUUCUACACCUUUGUCAACCUGCUGGAUGUGGCCAGGGCCCUGCGACUGCCUGAGGAAGUGGUGGAUUUUCUGUACCAGUACUGGAAGCUGAAGAGGAAGAUCAACUUCAACAAGCCCCUCAUCACUCCAAAGAAAGACGAAGAGGACAAUCUAGCCAAGCGGGAGCAGGAUGUCUUGUUUAGGAGGCUGCAGCUGUUCACGCACCUGCGGCAGGACCUGGAGAGGGUUCGGAACCUCACUUACAUGGUGACCCGCAGGGAAAAGAUUAAACGGUCUGUGUGCAAAGUCCAGGAACAGAUUUUCAGUCUUUACGCUAAGCUCUUGGAGCAAGGAAAAGUUUCAGGUGUGCCUUCUUCCUGCUCCUCACUGGAGAACAUGCUUUUGUUCAACAGUCCUUCUGUGGGCCCCAAUGUUCCCAAGAUAGAGGACUUGAAGUGGCAUUCUGCAUUCUUCAGGAAACAAAUGGGUACUAACUUGGUUCAUUCACUGAAAAAGUCCCAUAAGCGAGAUGCAUUGCAGAACAGUUCUGGGACUGAGGGAAAGACCCUGCUAAAGCAGCCAGGUCUGUCUGGUAGGAGGGAGGGGUCGGGGGUCCCAGAAAGCCUUCUGAGCUUUGAAAAGACUUUUGCAGAAGCACGUCUCAUAUCAUCAGCACAACAGAAAAAUGGUGUGGUGACCCCAGACCAUGGGAAAAGAAGAGACAAUCGUUUUCAUUGUGAUCUUGUUAAAGGAGACUUAAAGGACAAAUCUUUUAAACAGAGUCACAAGCCUCUCAGGUCUACAGACACAUCCCAGAGGCAUCUGGACAACACAAGAGCUGCCACCUCCCCUGGAGUAGGGCAGUCAGCACCUGGCACCAGGAAGGAGAUUGUGCCCAAGUGCAAUGGCUCCCUAGUCAAAGUGCCUACAACACCUGCCAGCCCAGUGAAAAGCUGGGGAGGAUUCCGGAUUCCAAAGAAGGGGGAACGGCAGCAGCAAGGAGAAGCCCAUGAUGGGGCCUGCCACCAGCACUCAGACUGCUCCCAUCUGGGUAUAAGCCGAGCUCCAGCCAAGGAGAGAUCGAAGAGCAGGUUAAGAACUGACAGUGAGAACGAUGGUUACGCCCCUGAUGGGGAAAUGAGUGACUCAGAAAGCGAGGCAUCAGAGAAGAAAUGUAUCCAUGCCAGCAGCACCAUCAGCAGGAGGACAGAUAUCAUCAGGAGAAGCAUCUUGGCCUCUUGAUGAAACAGCCGGUGUGGAAGCAUAUGUUGCCAUGUGCUGAGGAGAGCUCUGAUAUGGGGGCAAGCAAAAACCCAUUGUUUCUGAGCUCCACAAACAGAUUUUCUUGCAAUUCAGAUUGAAUUUUUUUUCCAGUCAUUUAUAAAUCAUUGUGAGAAGUUUGUGUUAUUUGCAACUUGUUGAGGAAACAGAAGAGUAGAUUGUAACCAUAAGACACUAAGAUUAGAACCUGAACUAAACACUAAGAAAACAAAUGAAGUAACUUUACAGAGGGGGCCAGGCUUGAAUAGUAUUAUUGCCCUCUACAUUUUCCCCAAAGCACAAACUCUUGAAUACUCUAGCAGAAUCAUAGAAUUCUGUGUAGUGAAUAAGUCCUAUUUAUAGAAGCCCUCAUGUACCAUUUAUAGCCCACAGAGCUUAUUUUCUAGGAAUGGUAAAUGCUGACAGCAUUUGGCUCCCAGGCUGUGUGGUUGUGAGUAGCUGAGGCUCAGAAACUUGAGCAACACUGGGAUCUUGCACAUGUGGCAUCCAGGGGAAGAGUUUACACAACAGGCACUGCUGGAAGGCUGGAGGAGCAGAGCUGCUGCAGUGAGAUUUAGGGCUUGUGUAGCGAGGUCCUGAAGCCCUGAGUGGGCUGUGGACAUAGGACGGGUAGAGAAAAAGUUGUCAAGAAAGUUUUGUGAGAAAGGGCAGCUGAGGCCCAGGUGUUAUUAGUCCGCUUGACCUUCCUCUUUCCUAACUGCUGGCCUUUGGACCCAAAUGGGAUUCCCCUGGCUACUGCCAGUACUUAGCCAUCUGGCUUCCAAUAAUACAGUGGUUAUUCGAGUUCAAGUGAUGAACUUCAGACUUUGGUGACUCUCACUCUGCAGAGUCAACCACUAGUACAUAUUUGGGAAAUCCAGGCUUCCACCAUGAGUGGAUUCCUUAAGCAAAAGGAAAAAAAGAAGCAAAACAGGUUAUAUUUUAAAACAUAGAAAGGCAAUAAGUUGCAUCAAGGUUAUACAGGAAAGAAGUCAAAAUGUAUCCUUGAAUAGGUUUCUGGAGUUGGAAUAGGUUUCUAAACUCUUGAUUUGUAACUUGGACUUUCGAAUUGCAUAUGGCAAUAAUUAGUAAGUUAUCAGCAAUAAUAAAUUUAGCAUUAAAUUUGAGUAUAAUGUUCUGUUUUUGCACUCCUCAUAUAGUGCAUAUGUAUUCAGACAAGUGGAUAGUGUUAAAGUCCUGUUAUUUUCUUUGGAAUUCAAUGUAGUUGUGAAUCAAAUUUAAGAGAAGGCAAGUUUCAGUAGCAAUGAGAUUUAGAAUUAAGGGCAUUUGGAGUAAGCCCGGUUUCCCCGAAAUUACCCUUAGUUUAUUAAUAUCAAUGUUCAGAUUCCUGAUUCAUUUAUACAUCUGUUUCCAUGUGGCAGGGACAUUCUGAUAAUUAAUGAGCAAUGUUUUGAAUUUGUAGAAGCUUUCAAGUCUUCCAGAUGAUCGUCAACAACAGAAAAGGCUUAUUGAAUUCCAUCUUGCUAUGCAAGUUUUAUCAGAUGAUCAAAUGACAGAUCUGAUGCAUCUCAUUGUAUGUAUGACAUUUUCAAACCAAGUCUUAACUUCUCAAGUACAUUGUAGUAGCUAAUUCAGGGGAGGGGAAAGGAUGACCCAGGUUUUAGAUUGACUAUUUUUUGAGCUAUGGAGCUCCUUUGAGACUGCUGUCCAGAUCAGCUUGUUGCUACCAGUAUUAGAAGAUUUUUAGGAGUCCAAGUUGUACUUUUGCUUGUAGCCUAAUUUAAAAAUGAGAUGUUUUGCAUAUGAGCAAAACCCUUGUGCUGGAUACAGGAAAAGGCUGGACCCUUAUCUAGUUAUCUUUUGAUAACAGCAACAGCUCUGGUGAGAUAGGAUUUAUAGAGGGAUAACCUGUGAAGCCAUAGAAAGAAAACCUAAAUUGAUUUAGUGAGUGUACGGCCUCUCACCAUUUUAGGAGGCACCAGAUUCAUUUGCACUAUUAGGAAUGCUAGUUUUGUGCAAAAAUAAUGCCUUACCUGUUUUCCCCCACAUUUAGGUUGAAAAGCUUUCAAAUGUUCCAAGUUAUGCUGAACCAAAAACAAAACAAAACAAAACAAAACAAAAAAAACCCAACAAAAUAGUAAAAAAAAAAAAUAAAAAAAAAUUUCCCCCACAAAAACUAAAUAAAAAAAAAUAAAGCCCACAUGUUUAAUUACUGCUUUGAAAUGCAAAUGGUCUAGAGCACGGUUUCUGACAGUGUAAUGAUAGCUUUGUAAGUUAGUUUCAUGUCAUGCUGGGAACUCUGUAUGAGGUGGCCACAAGCAGCCACAGUCCACCUACCCACUUGCAUUCUAUUAGUAUUGAGCUUUUUUGUUUGUUUGUUCUUUUGAAUCUUCCUUGUGCAUCCUGACCAAGAAAUAUCUUUGAUUAUGAUCAAUGUAUUAUGUCAAAAUGUAGGCUAGUUGAACUUUUGUAAAGUUGCCUGGAAUGUCAUUUGUUAGGUUAUAAACAAAAAUUUAAAUGAAGGGUUUUAUGUGUUGUGUACAAAUCUUAAUUAUUUUAAAAUGGACAGACUCGUCAUUACAUUUGUAACCUUGUACAGAGGAUUUUUCACUAUGUGCCUAGCUUGGUGUCCAUUCAACUAAAAUUGAAAAAAAAAAGGUGCAUGAAGAGUUAAAAUCAGAAGUUAAACAAAGUCUAUGUAGAGAUGACUAUUUUAUAUUACAUGGCCCAAUCCUGUAUUUAUUUCUAUCCCCUUUUUGAAAGUAUUUAUAAAACUAGUUGAAGACAGCUGUAUUUUUUUGUUGAACUAUUUAGUAGAAUUUGUGCCUUUUUGUCUGUAUGUGAAUAAAUGCUGUACAUUUUGCAAUACA